AUGCCCCGUCUCCACCAACUCAUCCUCAUCGCCACCCUGCUCCCCCUGUGCUGGCUUUUAAUGAUGGCCGUGCACGAGCUAGGUCACGUUCUGGCGGCUUGGGCUACCGGCGGUCGGGUGUUGAAAGUCGUGCUCCACCCGCUGGCCAUCUCGCGAACCGAUGUGGCCGACGUACAGAACCGCUUGGCCGUGGUGUGGGGCGGACCGCUGUUCGGCAUCGCCCUGCCCCUCGCACUGUGGGCCAUGUUCCUCAUGUUGCGACUACCCGGCGGCUAUCUCCUGCGUUUCUUCGCCGGCUUCUGCCUGGUGACCAACGGCGUCUACCUCGGUGCCGGCUCGUUCAGUCGCGUGGGCGACGCCGGCGAACUACUCCGCCUCGGCUCUCCCACAUGGCACCUCUGGCUCUUCGGCCUCCUCACCGUCCCCGCCGGCAUGUGGCUCUGGAACGGCCAAGGCCCCCACUUCGGUUUCGGCCAGGCAAAGGGAAAGGUCGAUCCCUGGGCAGUCUACAGCGUGUCGUCUGAAAAAACCCAUCGGAAAGAGAAAUCCUUGUCCCAGAAUUGGACAUCUGAAGAUGGGUUCAAGUUCAUGCACCCGAAACACAAGUUCUGGCUACCCGUCACGCUACUCGCAGUUGCCCUCUCCGGCUGUGCGAAUGCCGACCCGUCGACCAAGCUGCCGCCCGACCAACAGGCGGCUUUGGAUGAGGUCGUCGAAAGCGUUCGCAAGAACGAUGAAGCGAUCAAUUCGCUUCACGUGCUCGAGGUGAUGCAUUUGGGUGCGCCGGAUUUAGAAGCUGAGCCGGAACCCAAGCCGGUAAAGGGGGAAGAUCAGCCCCCGUUCACUUACACAUUCGAUCCGAUUCCCAAGGAGGGAGUUACGCUUCGCUACGACAUCUGGAUCGACGGACUGAACGAACGGUCGGAGGAGGAGGCCAGCGGCGAGUUGUUUAUUUGGCACGACGGCACUGAAACCACCCAAUGGCCGGACGUGCAGGAGUUGCAAACAAGUGAAUCAGAAAAGAAGUCUGCGGACAGAUCCAACGAUCCCCGUCAAGUCGCCUUCGUACGUGAUGAAGGAACGCUCCUGAAUCUCCUGGCCGGCAGUAACGACGAAUUGGCAGGCCAGAAUGCGGAAGCCAAACACGAGAUUCUGUCUGCGCAGCGAGUCGAUAUCGACGAAAGGGAGCUGGUCAUCAUCGAAGCCAAGAACCCGAAUGACACCGUCACCACAGUCAUUCAAUGCGACGCCGCCUGCAACUUUCUCCCCACCCGAGUUUACUACCGCAUGGAAGACGGGCGGAUCGAUUCCAAGACCGACAUCAAGUACACCCAAGUCGAAAAAGAUCCGCUCCCAGUCUGGUUUCCUGAAAGCGCCGUAAGAAAGUUCGCAGGCUUAAAUCAGAACACCUCGCCCAAUGCCGAAGACUGGAGCCAGACGGUGACGGUCGAAUUCAAAGACCUCGAAGUAAACCCCGAGGUACCGAAAGACACUUUCAAGGUCGCUGAAGCUCCCACUGCGACCAAGCUACCGCCAGAAGAACAGGCAGCUUUGAAUGAGGUGAUCGAGAGCGUUCGCCAGAACAACUCCGCAAUCAAGGCGUUCCACGCGUUAAAGGUGUUGCACCUUGGCCCCCCCGACGAACCGAUCAAGCUGACCAAACCAGUGAAUUCAGGGCCCGAUGAAGGCGUGUCUAUCGAUGAAGGCGUGUUUACAUUCGUCCCAAUUCCCGACCAAGGAGCUACGCUCCGUUCCGACAUCUGGAUUGAUGGCCCGAGCGAACGGGUCAAUGAAAAGGGGAUUGGCUCACUCGUCAUCUGGCACGAUGGUGUCAUCACCAACUAUUGGCCACCCCGCAAGCGAGCACAGAUUUAUCCCGAGGAGAAAAAGCCGGUGGCCAGCCAGCACGACCCGCGGCAAAUCGGCUUCAUUCGAAAUGAGGGCGAUCUAUUGAACGUCCUCACCGGCACCAGCGACAACAAGACCUACGACGAUGUUGAAGUGAAGCACGAUAUUCAAUCGGUGAAACAAGUUGACCGCGAGGGACGCAAGCUGGUUGUCAUCGAAGCCAAAAACCCCAAGCACAACGUGACGACGGUCCUUGAAUGCGACGCUGCCAAGAACCACUUGCCGACAAGAAUCUAUUACCGACGAGAAAACGGCGAGAUCGAAGCCCUUACGGAUAUCGAAUACACCCAGGUCCAGAACGAUCCUCAACCCGCGUGGUUUCCCAUCUCUGCGGUCCAACGCUUUACCGGCUCCCGCGCAAUUACUUCACCCGAUUCCGACAACUGGGGCCAGACGUCAACAAUCACAAUCAAAGACCUCGAAGUAAACCCCGAGGUCCCUGAAGACACCUUUGCGAUUCCAGAGUUCCCUGAAGGCACAAGAGCGCCGAGUCGCGAGGGUGGGGUUGUCGGUGGGGAUCGACGGAUCUUCAUUGCAGCCCUGGUCGAGUGGGUUCGAAGUGACGGAGGUUUUGCGAGAUUGGAGCUGCAUCCGGAGGUGGAUGCCCAACCCGAUGGCCAGGCGAUCUGGCGCGGGGAUCGAUCGCAAAGCCGCGUGCCGCCACCAACAACCCACAACACAGCCUUCGCGAUCAUUCCCAAUCGAACGGUAAUCAUGCAACGACAGGUUUUCGGCCGCGCGUGGCUCGUGGGUUUGAUGUUGGUCGCCCUGGCGACUGCUGGUACGGAGUCGGCGGUGGCGGAGACCAACGAAGUAUUGGUCCCCAUGCGCGACGGCGUGAAGCUGGCUACCGAUGUGAUGUUGCCCAAGGGCGAUGGACCCUGGCCUGUCGUCUUGAUGCGCACGCCCUAUAACAAGCGGGGCGAGUUCAGCAUGUUGCAAGGCCGUUACCUGGCGGCCGGCUAUGCCUACGUGGUGCAAGACUGCCGGGGUCGGUUCGCGUCUGAGGGUGAGUACCGCCCGUUCGAAGACGACCGCAACGACGGGUUCGACACCGUGAAUUGGAUUGCGGAACAAGACUGGUGCAACGGUAAGGUCGGUAUGACCGGCGCCUCGGCCAUGGGCAUCACCAGCAUGCUGUGCGCGAUGGCCAACCCCGAGAACCUGGUGGCGGCCUACGUGGUCGUCACGCCCGAGAGCAUGUGGGAAGAAGCUUCAUUCAUCGGCGGCGUGUUCAAAGAGGCCGACACCACUGGCUGGCUGAAAGGCCAAAACGCCGGCCACCUGGUCGACGAGCGUAAGAAAAGCCUCGUCGAUAUCAAGGAAGAACGCAUCAUGGAUCUGAUCCACCACCGCCACAAGAUCGACAUCCCCAUCUAUCACGUGGGCGGAUGGUACGACAUCUUCGCCGUCGGCACCCAAGGGAACUUCACUUACUUGCAAAACGAAGGAGUCGAAGGAGCACGGGGCCAGCAGAAACUGAUGAUGGGCCCCUUCGGCCACGGCGGUCUUAAAGGUGGCCUCCGCUACCGUGGCGGCGGCGGGUUACUCGGUGCCUUACAGGAAGAAAUCCGCUGGUUCGACUAUCACCUCAAAGGCGAAGACAAUGGCAUCAUGGACGAGCCACCGGUGAAGUACUACCAAAUGGCCUCGGCCAAGAAGCGUGAGGAGUCGGACAAGAACGAGUGGAAGACGGCCGAAAACUGGCCGCCGGAAACCACCGAAACGCGUUACUAUUUGCACAGCGGUGGCGAACUCACCUCCUCACCCACCGAAGCGACCGACGCUAAAACCACCUAUGCCUUCGACCCCGAGAACCCCGUGCCGACCGUCGGCGGGCAGAACCUCACGCUCGAUAUCGGUCCGCUCGAUCAACGUGAGAUUGGCGAUCGGCCUGACUAUUUGCGGUUCCAAACGCCGGAGCUUGAAGAAGACGUCACCAUCCGCGGGCCGGUCUGGGUCGAUCUCUACGUCUCGACCGACGCCCCCGAUACCGACUUCAUGGUCAAGCUGGUCGACGUCUACCCCGAUGGCUACGAAGCCCUGCUGAUGGACGCUCCCAUUCGCUGCCGUUACCGCGAAGGCCGCCGCCCGAAGCAGAUCAAGAUGAUGGAGCCCGGCGAACCGACGCGAAUUCGCCUCAACGUCGGCAGCACCGCCAACACGUUCGAAGCCGGCCACCGCAUUGCGUUGCACGUCACCUCGAGCAACUCCCCCCGCUUCGAAGUCAACCCCAACACCGGCGAACCCAUCGGCGAAGAAAACAAGCCACCCCGAGUCGCCAACAACACCAUCCACCACGACACCGAACACCCCACAGCCCUGGUGCUGCCGGUGGUGGAGUGA